UUUUUACCCAUGAUGCUCAUUCGAAAGAAAGGAAAAACACAAAAAUGUACAUAACAAUUCGUUUUAAUCACAUUACCUGGCUACUUUUUGCAUAUCGGCCAACCCGCCAUAUCGUUACAUGGAAUUUUAUCUGUGUGUUUUUACCAAUAAUUACACAGUAAUAAAUCAUUGGGGGGGAAAAGUUGAUUGGAACAACUGACCAAUAGGCCUGCUGAUAACUACACCAUUUUCAUUUAAUUUAUGAAAAUUUGAAUAUUACAAUAGUAUAACGUUAUAUAACAGUAUGCAGCAAUACAUAACAUAGGCUAUGUGAUACACAAAUAUAAUUAAUUUAUGUUGCACUAUCAUAUCAUAUUUUUAUACAUAAUCCAUCAUACUUUCUAAACAUGCAAUUAUUAAGAUAAGUAGCUAUUGCAAAUAACCUACAAUGUUUCAUUGCACAGGUAGGCUAAAGUCAGUGUGCGGUGCUCAUACAAAUCAGCCUGAUCUCGCGAGUUUACUUUCGGGUUCUCUAAACGCAACGAGAGCGCAGCGGUCAGGACGGUCUUGGAUCAGGCUAUCAAACAAUGCCCCCCUCCUUCAAACACAAGAAUAACCUGUCCCCAGUUUUCACCCCCUCGCUUUGGUUCAAUCUGGAACAGAACAUAAUGGCGGUUGAUGGUGGUGGAGGAAGGAGCUGUGGCGUACAUGAGCUCAUCUGUGCCAGACGAGUGUCUCCAGAGCUGCUAGGAGUCCUAUCCUCCAUUGCGGCCUUCGUGGCCGUGAUGGCUCUCUUUUUUCUUUACGUCAGCAACAAGCUGUCAGUGGAGAGCGCCAGCGAGCUGCCACGCCUCGACGACUAUAGGCCCAACCAGCAAGAGAGUAAUACCUGGCCCACACACUUUAAUGAACCAAAUGUCCCAGCCAGAGCCUGUGAUGAGGUGAUAAGAUAAUCUAGAACCCACCAGACAGUGUGGAGAAGGACAGCUACCACAGCCGCCAGCAAGUCCACCCAACAUGGCUUUCUUCAAGAGCUUUGGGCAGAACCUACCAUCUGUAAACAUCUCCUCCAUCUUGGAUUCAGUCAGCAGCAGAGUGGACGACCUAGCCAGCGCCGUCAGUGAUGCCACCUAUAGCGUCAGUGACCAGCUGACCGAGCUCAGCGACCAGGUCAUCAAGAAGGUGCAGACGGAGGAGGAGGAGGCGGCUGCAGAAGCGGCAGAGGGGGGCCAGGACAGCAAGGAAGGAAAAGCCCAGGAAGGGAUAGCAGACUCAUUCAGGAGCAAAAUCAAGAGGCAGGCUUCUGAGGCCUGCUCAAGCUUGGCAGACUACAGCUCCAACCUCAGCCAAUCCAAUGAUUCGAAGAAUAACCAAUCGAGUGACGUGACAGCAGAGGACUAUGUUCCAGCCCAAUUGGAAUGGGUGUGGAAAGAUGGAGGCUGGCGAGUGGUAAAACCAGGGGAGAGUUCUGCAGAGGACAAGGAAAAGGAGGAGAAAAGGAAGGAGGAGGAGAAGAUGAAGAAAGAGGAGAAGGAGAAGAGAAAGGCAGAGAAAGACAAGAAGAAGGAGGAGAGGCUGAAACAGGAGGAAGAGAAGAAAAAUAGCCAUCAAGAGACCAUUGAGGAAGAGCCUGAAGAUAAAGAAACCAGCUCAUUGCCGAAAGAGAACCACACUGCUAGUCAGAACAAAGAGGGACAGAAAGAGGACAAAUCCAAUGGGGUCCACCAGAGUGACGACCAUAGUGAUCCACCACAAUCUCUUUGCCUUGAGGAAGGGUCGAGAGCAUCCCAAAAGAAAAACAAGGGGAAAGCUGAAGAGGAAGAGAAUGAGAUGAGUCCUGAGGGAGAUGGAGAGACUGAACCCGCUAUGUCUCCUGCUUCUGAGAAAAAUAAGGGAAAGAGUGACAAGAAGAAAGAGAAAGGGAAGAAAGAGAGCAAGAAGACGAAUACAGAGGAUAAAGAGCAGAGCUGCCCAGAGCGUGGCUCUGAGGAGGACAGUGAAGAGGACAGAGCAGGGGGACACUCUGAACCCUCAGCCCAGCACAGAGCCUCAGUCUGGGACAACCGACACAAACACACCAGCGACCACAGCAGUGAGGCAUCCGCCGGACAAGCCAACAGCAUCCAGCGGAUGAGACGAGGCUCUCCCCUCAACGAGCUCCAGCCACCCCCGUAUCAGGACGAGAAUAGUCCGGUCCGGGUGUCUCGCUCCCGUUCUGGGGCGGGGGGUCUGGGGGAGUCGUCUCCAGACGGUAAUGGUACACAGCGCUCCAGUGAGGCCAGCGCUGACCCGGACACUGAGAGUUACCUCAACAAGGGCUACGAUGAGGAUGUACCUAGUGACAGCACUGCCGUCCUGGGACCAGAGGAUGGUUCAACCUCCCAUCUUCACGUGGGCUAUGAGCCCGAGCCGCUGGCCAAGUAUGGCACGCUGGACGUGGCCUUCGAGUACGACUCGGGCGAGCAACGCCUUGCCGUCACUGUCACCGCAGCAACCGACAUCCCCGCACUCAAACAGACAGGGAACAUUGCGUGGCAGGUGCACCUGGUGCUGCUGCCCACUAAGAAGCAACGUGCCAAGACAGGGGUGCAGAGGGGGCCGUGCCCCAUGUUCACAGAGACCUUCCGCUUCACCCGGGUGGAGCAGGGUGCGCUGGCAGACCACGCCGUCAGGUUCCGUCUCUACAGCGUUAGGAGGAUGAAGAAGGAGAAGGUGCUGGGAGAGAAGGUGUUCUACUUGACCAAACUCAACCUGCAGGGCAAGAUGGCGCUGCCCGUUACACUGGAGCCUGGCACAGCACUAACGGGCUGUGGUUCGUUGGUGAGUGUGUCUCGCAGCGUGGCAGCUUUGUCCUACCGCUCUACAUGGGACUCCACACCAGAGAUCCUGCUGGGCCUCAUCUAUAACUCCACCACUGGCAGGCUCUCUGCAGAGGUCAUCCAGGGCAGACAGUUCAACAACACAGCCUCAGACAAACCUCCCAACGGUCUGUUUUGUUGUAUAAAACAGCUAAUAGGGGGACAACUUUAUAUCAUGAGAGACACCUAUGUGAAGCUGACCAUGCUGGACUCCAAGGGCAAGGAGAUGUCCAAGUGCAAGACGUCGGUGUGCCGCGGUCAGCCCAACCCCAGCUACAAGGAGACCUUUGUCUUUCAGGUGGCCCUCUUCCAGCUGUCCGAGGUCUCCCUGGUGGUGUCGGUGUACAGCCGAAGGAGCAGCAUGAAGGCCAGGGAGAAGGUGGGCUGGCUGUCCCUGGGGCUCAACAGCACUGGAGAGGAGCAGCAGGCACACUGGAGCCAGAUGAAGGAGGCUGAGGGACAGCAGGUGUGCCACUGGCACACGCUCUUGGAAUCUUGAACAGGUCUUGAUGAGAAUCACCAGAUUUGAUCUUGUUGACAAAGAAUAAGCUAUAUAAAUAUAUGUGAAAUGAAAUGGUUAAAUAGGAGGAAUACGUUGGAGGAAGAGGAAGAUUGCGGGGUAUGUUGACCUCAGUGUCGAGAGAGAAUGGGUUCCAUGACCUUCAUUCAGAGAAGCAGACGAGGAGCUGUGAGGAACCAUCCACCUAUACUAUGCAUUUUCACCUGGUGUGGGAUGUGUGUGAGGGUGCAGCGCUUUGAGAAGCACGUGGAUUCCACUUGGAGUCUCCCGUUCACUGACAGCUGCUUUACUACUCUUUAAUCUGUAAACCAGCCACUUAAUCUGAGACAGACUGGUCUGGUUGACAGACUGACUGGUGCUAAACUCCCAGCUCCAGUCAUUGUCGAUGGGGUCAUCAAAGUCAGACUCAUCUUCGUAAUAACAGCUGAAAUGGACAUCUCUGGUCAUGAAAUGGACACCUCUGGCCAUGAAAUGGACACCUCUGGUCAUGAAAUGGACACCUCUGGUCAUGAAAUGGACACCUCUGGCCAUGAAAUGGACACCUCUGGUCAUGAAAUGGACACCUCUGGCCAUGAAAUGGACACCUCUGGUCAUGAAAUGGACACCUCUGGUCAUGAAAUGGACACCUCUGGUCAUGAAAUGGACACCUCUGGUCAUGAAAUGGACACCUCUGGUCAUGAAAUGGACCAUUCAGUCUCAGAUUUAGAACAAUUUUGUGUCAUUCAUUUCCCAUAUUCUGGUCCACAAUAGUAUAUCUUCAUGUAAUUGUUUACAGAAGAUGAUCAAAAUACGACCAUACAUAUCUCCUACAAUGGACCAUUUUCAUCCUGAACAGAGGACCAAAGAGUGUGGAGAAGAACAACGACUAGAACAAAGCGUUCUUCCGGGGUUGUACUGAACAUAUAAAUAGAAUGACUAGAAGGGACUAAGCCCCUCAGACCAUGGCAAUUUGACUGGAACACUCACGGGUUCACUCAAUAUGGCUGACAUUUCUAUGGUACUGUCCUCAAAUGACACCAGCAUAUCAGACAUUUGUCAUCUGAAGCUCGCAGCCAUCGACAACGAGGAUGAUGCAAUGGAAUACUGUUACCAUGACUGUUAGAGCCAGCUGGGCCUGUAACAGUCUGCAACAACUACAGUGCCUAGAAAAAGUCUACAACCCCUUUGGAUUUCUUAAAAUUUUAUUGUGUCACAAAGUGGGAUUAAAAUGGAUUUUAUUCAAUUAUUUUGGUCAACGAUCUACACAAAAUACGAUAAAAUGUUUAAAAAAGUAUUAGUAUUUUUUUAAGAUUAAUGAAGAGGAAAAAAAUGCAAUACUUGACUAGGAACCUUCUAUAUAUUGUACUGUAUGUAUGGGGGACAGAGGAAGGGGUAGUCAUUAAAAAAUCAUGUCAAUCACUAUUAUUUCACACAGAGUGAGUCCAUAUAACUUAUGUGAUUUGUUAAGCCACAAUUUACUUCUGAACUAAUUUAAGCUUGCUUAAACAAAGGUGGUGAAUACCUAUGCAACAACUAUAUUUUUGUUAUUUAUUUUGUAUUAAUUUGUAAAAAUGUGUAGAAUCUUCUUUUCACUUUGACAUUAUGGAGUAUUUUGUGUAGAUCAAUGACAAAAAAAAUGAUAUUAAAUAUUUUUCAAUCCCACUUUGUAACACAACAAAAUGUGGAGAAAGGUAAAAGGGGGUUUAGACUUUCUAUAGGCACUGUAUGCUAAUGAGCAAUGCUUAUUUACUCACCGUUUACAUCCUCGUUACAUUAUGCAAUAUCCAUUUCACAGAUUCAUUUUUCGUCUUAUUUUAGGGGUUUCUUUUUACGGCUGUUUCAUCUCCCGAUGCAUUGUCUGUUACACGUAUUUUUGUUGUGGUCAUCUGAAUCAUCAUUUGAGAAUAGAAAAACAAUAUUAGUUUUGUUGUGGCUCACUGGGUUGUCUUUUAAACAUUGUUACAGAAUCAAACACAGCACUGUACCCCAGUGGUCAACAACCUUUUCUGAGUCAAGAUCACUUUCUGAGUCGAAAUGCAAGCUGAGAUCUACCGCUCAGAUCUUUUUUCAAACAUGACUGAAAAAUCUUAAGCCUAUGCAACAUUAACCACUUAAAAACAGUUCUGAAGCAAUGAGGCCCAAUACAUUAUCACUGCAUUGGCUAUGCUUGAAUUGCCCUGCCAAUGUUGUUCUUCUCAGGUCAUUUUGAAAUGAUAUUUAAAACAUGUAGGUAUAUGAUCGUACUGGUAAUAGAUCAUUUGUUGUAUUACUUGUGAGGCACAAAUUAGUGAGCAUAAUAAUUAGCUUCUUUUUUUUUUUUACUGGAUUGAUGGCUUGCAUCUGAUGGUCAAUCUGAGGGGGAGGGCUGCCUCUCACUCACGGUCCCUCCGCCCUCCUUCCCUCCGUGGAGAAAAGGGACAGUCUUCCAGCUGAUGGUGAAACUCCAAUCACACUGCAUUACUUCUGCCUCAUGCACAAAUGAAUGUUGUUACUCCUAUGACCAGAGAAAGUGAAAUAUUGCUUGGUUUAAAAAAAGACAAGCUGCUAAUAAUAACAAGGCAAGCUUAUCGGAACACUUUGCUAUACUCAUUCAUUGCAGCUGCAGUGCUGGUGGCUUAUAAAGCUUAUAUGGCUUAUAAAGGUGUUGAAGUGUUCACACUGUUGAAUAAGAACUUGAACAUAAACGUACAUAUAAAAACA